GGUGUUUCCGGUGUCUUAUGACAUUUUACUUCCUUCCACACAGACCGACACGAACAAAUCGAGAAAGAAGACGUCGCUAACUUAAAAAACCGUACUCUACAGCCGCGUUCUGAGACAAGUUUUCGUUUCAUUUCCGUGUUAAAAUGCGCGUUAUGUCGCGAGAGUGGUCCGAGAAUUGAGGUAAAGCAGAAAACCGUUGACCGUUACGUGUAGGCCUCCGAAGAAAGUUUGGUCGAGGGCCUGUAAACAACAUGUCCUCCGCCUCGCAGUCUUCCUCCAGACGGCAAUGGUGCUACCUCUGCGAUCUGCCCAAGAUGCCCUGGGCCAUGCUGUGGGAGUUUAGCGAGGCAGUCUGCCGAGGAUGUGUCAACUACGACGGCGCGGACCGGAUAGAGCUCCUCAUCGAGACGGCCCGGCAGCUGAAGAGCACACACGGGGUUUUAGACGGCAGGUCCCCUGGUCCUCCGCAGGGCAAACCCAGCUCUGCGGGGCCCAUUGAAGCUGGGCGGCAGCAUGCAGAGCGUUUAGAGAGGGGGAGGGGUGAGUAUGGGGUGUCUUCUCGCCUACCUAACGGGCUCCACAGAGCUGAAGAUGUGGCUCUGUCUGAGGGCAGCAGACAGAGCCCGAACACCCGCAGGGCUGUAGUGGGGGCAGUCCCUAGUCUGCACAGCACCAUACCUCAUGCUUUGAUAGCCCAGGGCUUAGUAGCAGCUCCACAUGGUCUGUUAGCCCCAUUAUCAGGCUCCAGGGCUGGGGCCACUCCUAUUGCAGUUUCAGCUGGCCCCAUUAUGGGUGAAGCUGGCAGGAGGCAGGCUGUGUCUCUGGGUGUGGGUGCCAGCACCUCAGCCCUGGUGGGUAUAGACCCUGCAGUGUGGAGGAACAAUGAGGUGAUGGCUGAACUGAACGAAGUGGCCCGCAGCAGAGUGGAAGGCUGGCCCAACCGUCCCAAAGCAGUGCGGGAUGUCCUGGUCGCUCUCAGCAGCUGUGUCCCCUUCAAUGUUCGCUUCAGGAAAGACCACAACCUGGUGGGCCGGGUCCUGGCCUUUGAUGCCAGCAGCACUCCAGAGUUUGAGCUGAAGGUGUUUGUGGAGUAUCCUGCCGGCUCGGGGAUGAUCUUCUCAGGAGUCCCAGACCUGGUCCGACAGAUGUUUCGAGACUCGGCCAAAGAUGCGGGUAAAGCGGUGAACUCUGGGCUUCGAUAUGUGGAGUACGAGAAGAGGCAGGGUUCAGGAGACUGGCGUGGGCUGUCUGAGCUGUUAAAUGAAGGUGUUCGAAUGUUUAAAGAGCCGCCGAUUCCAGAGGUUCUCCCACAGCCCGAUCCAGGGAUGCCUAUGGCGGCUGCUGGACGCCCUGGACCCGCAAAAGGCACAACUAGACGCCGCAAAGCUUCCCCAGGCUCAGAGAACGGAGAGAGUGAAGGGAGACCCGAUCACCCCAGCAGAGAGCCGUGGCCCCGAGGUGCUUACCCAGGCAUGGAGCCCCUUCCUGGCAUAGCCGCUCCUCAGGAAGGUCCGCCCCGUCUUCACAGCCAGCCCUCGCCAAUUUCAGCGCUGAUGGGUGUCGCAGACAGCCUGAGCUCCAGUCAGAUGGCCAGAGACAGCCCCAGCAUGUCCACAGCUCACUCCUCCUCUGCAGGGCGUCCCACCACCAGCAGCAGCCCCUCCACUGCCUCCACCUCAGCCUCUCAGUCAGCCAUAGGGCAAGGUCUGAGCGUGGCGGGGCAGAGCAGUAACACCAGCGCCGGGGAGUCCACGAGCAGCGGUCAGGGCACACUGCUCUGCUGCACCCUCUGCAGAGAGCGCCUUGAGGACACCCACUUCGUCCAGUGUCCGUCUGUCCCGCACCACAAGUUCUGCUUCCCCUGUACCCGAGGGUUCAUCCGCAGCCAGGGCCAGGGUGGGGAGGUGUACUGCCCCAGCGGAGAGCGCUGUCCCCUGGCUGGAUCCACCGUGCCUUGGGCCUUCAUGCAGGGAGAGAUCUCCACCAUCCUGGCCGGAGACGGAGAUGUGACGGUAAAGAAGGAGAGCGACCCUUGACGUCUCCAUCCUCAUGUGGUGAAUGUGGAUCCAACACUUUGAAAGCACUUCCCUAUUAUCCGAGCAGAGGUCCACUUUGUCUGCAGCUCAUGAUGUGUGCCUCUGAGAGCAGAAAAACUGAACCGGGAGGAAGAGGAGGAGGAGAGCGACACAAACAGGAAACUAAAGACACAACCAGACUCACUUUGAGCAGAGGGACACUCGUCUGUCGGUCAGGGCCGCUCCAUCACCACCGAAUGUCAGUCCUGACCAAACCUUCAACGCCCAGGAUCGAAGCACACGCUUGUUUUUAAGAAUGACAAUCUCUUCUGUCUUUGUUUUUUUUGUUUUAUCCGUUACAUACAGACGGAUGACAGCGAUAUGUUGAUAGAUGCAAAUCUUCAAAAAAAAAAACAAAAAAAAAAACACAUGAAUGUUGAAAAAGUGGCAGAAACCAUUGGGUCCUUAAAGCCAAGGAUUAAAAAUGUAAUCCCUCAUUAUGUCUCUUAGGUAAUCUCCUUAUAUCGUUUGUCAAAAAUGUGAAUUUACUUUCAAUAUGGCUAUGUAAUUUCUAUUUUUGAUACAAUACAAAAUUUCUAUGUAUUUGUUUAUAGUGAUAAGAAGACCAAAGAUGGCUUCAUGCUCAAUGUAAUUUUAUUGUAUUGUAGCUGUGUAUGCUGUACUCACUGAUAACUUUGGCAUCAGUCACUAAUUUGUUCAUCUAUCACGGACGUAAGCUUCUUUUUGUCUAUUUACUUUGAGUUAUAUGUAUGGUAAAGAUAAUUAGCACCACGAUCUUCAAUGGUUAACCCACAUACUCAUGUGAUCUGAACAGGUCAAUUCUACAAUAAAUGACUACAUAGUUAA